CGUGUGGCUACCAGGGCGCCGUCGACCAGGCGCCGUUCUCGUCCAUGAUCGCCGCCGGCAGCCCUUCCAUCUACAAGUCCGGCAUGGGCUGCGGCUCUUGCUUCCAGGUGAAAUGCACCGGCAAUGACGCUUGCUCCGGCAACCCGGUGACCGUGGUGAUCACCGACGAGUGCCCGGCCGGCGGCGCGUGCACGAACGAGCCGGUCCACUUCGACCUGAGCGGGACGGCGUUCGGCGCCAUGGCGAACCCCGGCCAGGCCGACAAGCUGCGCGCCGCCGGUGUCCUCAAAGUCCAGUACACCCGCGUGCAGUGCAGCUGGCCCGGCGUGCAGCUAACCUUCGUCGUGGACGCCGGCUCGAACCCCAACUACCUCGCCGUGCUCGUCAAGUACCAGAACGGCGACGGCGACCUCUCCGCCGUCGAGCUGAUGCAGACGGGCGCGGGGGCGGCGUGGGCGCCCAUGCAGCAGUCGUGGGGCGCCGUCUGGAAGUUCAACGCCGGGUCGGCGUUGAAGGCGCCCUUGUCCAUCCGCCUGACCUCCAGCUCCGGCAAGCAGCUCGUCGCCAGCAACGUCAUCCCCGUCGGGUGGAAGCCCGGCUCCACCUACCAGUCGCCGGUCAACUACUGAUGAUCGAUCGAUGUAGCCGUAACGUUGUGUGCCGAUCGAGUGCACGUGUGUAGUAUCUGCGUACUGUUU